AUGGAUGAAGAUUGUCACGAUGGUCGGCCGUCUGACAGACAGCGCUACACACUCACAGACCAGACAAAAAUAGUGGUGGGGGAACCUCAGACCGUCUGUGGUCUGAGGGUUCAACCAUCAGACACGCAGACAGUCUGGUCCGAGAAAAUCGGUCUGCAGACAGCCCCACACACGAUAAGACAAGUGCCAGACGCCAGACCAGACGGUCUGGUCUGCUUGGAACCAAACCAACAGAAAAUUCAAAAACAAUCUCCGGGCACUUUUAUAUUGGCUUUCCCACUUUAUAAGACCAGCGAUUUCUUUGACAUUCCCAAGGAUACUGUGAGGGAGUUUUUCCUAUGUCCUAGGCAUUCUGAAAGGAAGCUCCAAAAUACCCCCUCCUGGAGUUGUGACAGACUCAUAGAGUCGCUGGUUAACGAAGGCUGGGAGGCAGUCACAGCAAAGAAUAUUAUGGCCACAGGGGGAUGCCGUCCUGUCUGCCUUGUUGACCAGGCAAACAUAGCAGGCUGUGUCAUUGUCGAGUGCCUCUACACCAGUAACACUGUUUCCCCGGAUGCCAAUUGCCAAAAGGAGGUCCUGGGCCUGCCUUUCAAUGAAUUCCAUGGGAAUUACCUCCCCCGGCCUAUGGGUUGUUGGGACACCCUUGUAGUUGUCAUAGUAAGGCUGAUCUGUAAAAACAUGUACUGCUAA